UAACACAUAACCAAAAAGGCAAUUUUGUCGUGAGAGCUCUCUGUCAAGAUGUCUGCUUUUAUGAAUGAAUAAUAAAUUCAAAAUGUUAAAAAAAAAUUAACUUAUAACUAUUAUUUGCCAAUUAGUUAGUUCUUGAAUUAAUUUAAGUUUUAAGGCAAUUAAAUUGAUAUUCAUCAAAAUUGAAAAAAAGUCAUGGAAAAUGUUGAAACUGAGCAUUCAAGUUCCGCAAGUCAAAGUGAAUCUGGUACAUCAAAACAAUCACACUUAUCAUCAACACAUUGUUCGAAAAACUCGGAUGUCGAGACUGCCGGACCUUCUUGGAUGAGUACAUCUGAGAUACCAUACUUUAGCAACAAUUUAGACAAUUUAAAUACGAAAAUAGAUGCGUGCAAUGUUCCAUUAGGCGAUUACAACUUAUCAUCCGAAUUACAAGACAGGCUUUUAUUAAAAAGUAGCAAAGAACCUGUGGUAAAUGGGACCACAGAGCCUGAAAAUCAUUUGAAUGAUGGUGAUAAAGAAAAUAAUGAUUGCUGUAUAAAAUAUGUACAAUACGAAUCAGAAUUACAAAUGCCUUUUAUUAUGAAAAUUAUCCAAAAAGAUCUUUCUGAACCAUAUUCUAUUUAUACCUAUAGAUAUUUUAUACAUAAAUGGCCGAAACUUUGUUUUUUGGCUAUGUGUGGAGAUAAAUGUGUUGGUGCAAUUGUUUGCAAAUUAGACAUUCAUAGAAAAGUAAUGAGCCGAGGAUACAUAGCAAUGUUGGCUGUAGAUCAAAAUUAUAGAAAUCGUAGUAUUGGUUCUACGUUAGUUAAACGUGCUAUUCGUGAAAUGAUUGUAGGUGGUGCCGAUGAAGUUGUACUCGAAACAGAAGUGACCAACAAACCAGCUUUACGACUGUAUGAAGCUCUUGGAUUUGUUAGAGAUAAACGUCUUUUUCGCUAUUAUUUGAAUGGAGUAGAUGCAUUAAGACUUAAACUUUGGAUAAGAUGAAUUCAUUGUUUUUCUUCUCUAAACUUUGUUUUUUGUGUGUGUUCAAGUUAUUGUUAAUUUUUUUGCCAUUUUUCAUAAUGAAAUGUAAAGCUGAAUUCAUUUUAUAACAUUGCAUUUUAUGUUAAAUGUUAUCUUUGUUAAUGGUUAAUGCAGUCAUAUUUUUUUUUUUUUUUUUGUACAGUGAGCUUUCAACGGGUCUUAGCAGAAUUUAAAUUUGUACUUUUAUUUUUUUAAAUGUAAUAAAUGUGAUUUAUAGUGAAAGAUAGGGCAGUUCAGUUAUUUAACUAUUUUAAUUUACAUAAAACAAAAAAAAAUAUGUAAAAACUACAUUGAAAGUUACAAAUACAGAAAGUAAAUUGUUUUUGUUUAAAAAAAAAUCCAUUACAUGUAAUUUAAAAAUUAACCAUUUUAUGAAGUAGUUAUCAUUUAUCUGUCUAGUUCAU